UCCCGAGGUCCCCGGCGGUGCUCCUUCUCCUGACGGCGCUGGAGGGCCUGGCGGCGGCGGCCCACGGGGCCCAUGGCACUGCCCGCCUGGCUGCAGCCCAGGUAUAGGAAGAAUACCUAUCUUUUCAUCUACUACUUAAUCCAGUUCUGUGGCCACUCAUGGAUAUUUACAAAUAUGACAGUCAGAUUCUUUUCAUUUGGAAAAGAUUCAAUGGUUGACACUUUUUAUGCUAUCGGACUUGUGAUGAGACUUUGCCAAUCCAUCUCCCUCUUGGAGUUGCUGCACAUAUAUGUUGGCAUUGAAUCAAACCAUCUUCUUCCUAGGCUUCUGCAGCUCACAGAAAGAAUAAUCAUCCUUUUUGUGGUGAUCACCAGUCAAGAGGAAGUCCAAGAGAAAUAUGUGGUGUGUGUUUUAUUCAUCUUUUGGAAUCUAUUGGAUAUGGUUAGGUACACUUAUAGCAUGUUAUCAGUCAUAGGAAUAUCCUAUGAUGUCCUCACGUGGCUCAGUCAAACGCUAUGGAUGCCAAUUUAUCCUUUGUGUGUUCUUGCUGAAGCAUUUGCCAUCUAUCAGUCACUGCCUUAUUUUGAAUCAUUUGGCACUUACUCCACAAAGCUGCCCUUUGACUUCUCCAUCUAUUUCCCAUAUGUGCUGAAAAUAUAUCUCAUAAUGCUUUUUAUAGGUAUGUAUUUUAUCUACAGUCAUCUUUACUCAGAGAGAAGAGACGUCCUCAGAGUCUUUUCCAUUAAAAAGAAGAGAACAUGAGGCACACCAUCCUGAUGUGACAUGAGAAAAAACAGGCCUCGCAGAUUCUGCUACAGUAAACACAACACAGGAAGAAUUUUGGUGGAAAAAUACCUAGUAUUUGACAAAAAUCCAUGACAGCUGUCUAUGAUUCUCACACAUUAUAUUUUCAAAAUGUAUACUCUGAGCAACCUGUUUCUCCAAAGCUGUGGAUUUUAUACAAGUUAAAUUUAUAUUGUAUGAAGCCUGAUUAUUUUGCUGUAAGGGUAAUGAGAAAUAGAUUAACUGUAGUAGAUGCAAUUAAAUUGAGAAAUUGAAGUUGUUAAUCUAACGUACAUCUAUUCACAUCUAUUUCUUUUCACUUCUGAAUUCCCAAAUAGCAGCAGGUGCAUAGGAGGGCUGUGGUGUGAAACAUGCUCUGCAGUUGUCUAGGAUAACAUUUUCUAGACAGAUGUCACCAUUCCCAGAGUAACACUCUCCUUAAACAUCAGACACACUUAGAAAAGUAAACAUUUUUCCAAACCCUGGAAGAGUAUUCAUUAAUAUUAUACAAAUUAUUUGGGCUUUGAUGUCUUAAAAGAGGAACCUGAUGAAAACAAAAUGGGCUUUUGAUAAAUACACAAUUAAUGCCCCAUAUCCCUUUACAAAUAUCAGGCCAUAUGUACCUUCCAGGGAAAUAAAAAUUACAAAAAUAGAGUAAGCCAUUUAGAGUAGGUAAGAAAAUCAAGAGCUAGUUAUGUUUCAGAUCAUUUACUACAAUUCAACUAUUGCUAAUUACUAUAACGUCAUAUGUCAUCACUUAUAGUAUUGAAAACUGAUCCUUUCUUUGAAGAUUUAAAAUAUAUAUGAAUAACUGACUAAUGGAAUAAUUUCUGAACCAUUGGUAUAUCAUUCACUUUUUUUUGAAAGAAUUAUAGAAUCGUAUUAUCCAGCAACUAUAUAAAAAUGGUACUAAAUAUUUUGUUACAU